AUGCAGUGCUUACUAUUUUGGGUGACGUCACCAGCAGACAGCGUCAGACCUGACACGUUGGUUUUCUUACAAGCCGCAGACAAAACUGAACAAAAUGGGCGGGUGGUUCUCCAGUCUGUUCUCCAGCCUGUUCGGACAGCGUGAGAUGCGUAUCCUGAUCCUUGGACUAGACGGCGCUGGCAAAACCACCAUCUUGUACAGAUUACAAGUUGGGGAGGUUGUUACUACCAUUCCAACAAUUGGCUUCAAUGUAGAAACAGUUACAUACAAGAACCUAAAAUUCCAAGUCUGGGACCUUGGAGGACAGACAAGUAUCAGACCAUACUGGCGAUGUUACUACUCCAACACUGAUGCCAUCAUCUAUGUGGUGGACUCCUGUGAUAAGGACAGGAUGGGGAUCUCCAAGUCUGAGCUGGUAGCGAUGUUGGAGGAGGAGGAGCUAAAGAAGGCCAUCCUACUGGUCUUUGCCAACAAACAGGACAUGGAGGGGGCCUUGACUCCAACAGAGGUUGCUAACCAGUUGGGCCUGGCAGCCAUUAAGGACAGAAAAUGGCAGAUCUUCAAGACAUCAGCUAUCAAGGGGGAAGGUCUGGAGGAGGCUAUGGAAUGGUUGGUGGAAGCUCUGAAAGGUGCCAAGUGAUACAGUUACUAUGGAAACCAUUCACCAUGGCAGCAAGGGUUCAAGGACACUCCAACACUGUAUAUCUAGCUCUCAUGAGUCACCAUGGCAAAAUAACAUUAAGAUAUUGUCAGUACAUGUACAGUAUAUUUGAUGGAGUGAAAUAUUGGGUCAGGUGAUGCCCAAACUUCUGCACAUUAUUUCUAAGGCGACAUCAGUUUUCUAAUUACAAUUCUAACUGUAUCUUGCAACCAAGGGAUACUGACAGUCUAGAACCUUGGGACUUGAAACAAUAUCCCUUACUUCUUCUUGAAGACAGUGUAACUCAUUGGAUAUUCAAAUCAGGUAGUUUGUUUGCUUUUUAUCUGAUACUAUUUACCAGCCUUUCCUCCAUACUACUGGUAUUAUCACAUUGUAUUAUGUGGAUGUACUGAAUAACUAGUGAGCAAGUUGUUCAAAUACUUUUUCCAAAUGUAUAUGUGCUGAAUAUAAAAACAUUGAUACAUAACAAAACUGUAAGUUAAGGUACAUGCUGAAAGUGCCAGGUUCUAAAAACAUGAACGAAGAUCAGAAAAAGAUGUGUAUAUUUGGAAAUAACAUACUAUUGUAUACAGAACAGAGAUGUAAUGUAGGGUUAGAAUAGUGCCUGUAUGUCUUAGGUAGCCUCUUUUUUAUUCUUCAUUGGGGUUAAAAGUUGUCUUUUUUUGUUUUUUGGUGGCAAUUGUUUGUAUUUUCUGAUGAAUUUUCUGAUGAAUGAUCUAGUUAUAAAUUGAAAUUUGUUCUUCCACUGUGUAUAGUGUGUCUUCUCACCAAGCAAUGUAGACUGCUUUCAUUUACACAUUCUCCAAGUACAUCUGAGACAUAACAGUAUGUAUUUAUACCAACUUGUAUUUACUGAAAUGAAGAUAAUCACAAUACAGAGUGUGUCUACUGUCUAGGGUAUGAUUGUGAGCACAUAGGUGUGAAAAUGGUUUCUUAAAUGUUGGUUUUAUGAGCAUUCUGGGUCUUCUUAAGGUUUUGUUUUUAGAAUAUUUCCUUUGGACGUAUUGUGAAAAUAGUUAUACUUUUUUUGCUGCAGCUUUUGUUUUCUAUUAUUCUCAUUGUUAAAUGACACGUGUAAUACAAGAUAUAUUUGAAAAAUAACAAAAACUAGAGCACUAAUGUUAAUUCUGAAUAAACUCCCCUUUCUCAAA